GCAUCAUUCUCAUCGGUCAGACCAGUUGUGCAUGACGCUGAAACGUUGACGCCAAAAGUUCCUGUUGCUUUGUCUUCUUUCGCUGUUAAGCAUCAUGUGUUCUUCAUCGAAAGGCCAUGUCUGGUGGUGGAUUGCGGCACUGAGUGUACUCGUUGAAAUAUUGGUCUUUACAGCCUCACAAAAAGUUAAUGUUCCAUCUGGGGAUGAGAGGAACGUUGCUCUAAACAGACCGUGCAAUCAAAGUUCAGAUUUUGACCCCAACAAGGGUCUUUGCAAUAUGGCUCUAAAUGGUAGACAUGGGGAUUAUUCUGGAGACGGAGACUGCAUCCAUACUCAAUUGGACGAACAGAACUCUUCCUUUUCGGUGAAUUUAGGACCAAACAUUUAUAUUCACAAGAUCAUCAUCGUCGGACGCCCUAGCUUUAAUCACAGAAAUGGAAACAUGCAUGUCUACUUGGAUGGAGAAAACUUUACAACUUUCAUCCAAAAUGACUCAAGACAUGAAUAUACCUUUGAUUCAAGGGAAGUUCGAAAAGUAGAAAUUGUAACACUCAAGAGAUUUGGAAUACAAGGCGACCAGAACACAGGAGUAUUAAACAUAUGCGAGGUGUACGUUUACGUUUGCAAUCCUGGAAAGUGGGGAGAUGACUGCCUGAAUGACUGUGGAGAGGGAUGUAAGGACGGAGUGUGCAACAAGACUAAUGGGCAUUGUACUUGUACAUCAACAGAACUGGUGCCGCCACUGUGUAGAGAUUGCAAUCUUGGCAAGUGGGGAAAAAACUGCGAGAAUGACUGUGGAGUUGGUUGUGAAGGAGAAACAUGCAACAAGGCUGACGGGUCUUGUGAAUGUCAACCAGGCUGGGGUGGUACAAAGUGUGACGGUCGACCAUGCGAAUGUGGAGAAGAAUGCACAACAAGUAGAAAAUACAUUUUCGCUGAUAUCCCCCGUAAAGUAAACGUCGCAAUAGGUAAACCAUCAAAGGCAAGUACAAUUAAAAAAAUAGACAAUGAUGAUUCAUGCCUUGCCAAUGAUGGCUACUUAUCAACAUCAGAACUCACCACAUGUAUGUCUACUGCUGAAGGCGAUCCUGCUCCUUUCUGGGAAGUCGACCUGGGUGGAAACUAUGAAAUUGCUGGAAUCAACAUCGACUUUGACGAUGACAAAAUGAACUUGAAGUCAGGAAUCAGCAUUUUAUUGGAUGGUAAAGAGAUUUUUGUUACCAAUGAUGAAACAACUGAUCCAGCUUAUAUUCCCAACAAUAGGAACAGAAAUUGGACUGGACAAGUUUUGAAGCUGCAGAGAAAAGGUCCUCGUGUAGAUCCACUAAUGAUAUGCGAAGUCGAAGUGUUCAAUUGCCUGCCAGGAUUUUUUGGCUAUGAAUGCGAAGGAAUCUGCGAGAAACCAGUUUGCGACAAUGCGAGAUUUUGCAGCCGUAUAGAUGGGUCAUGCCCUAAGACGGAUGAAGUUAAAGAGACCAGUGACUGUUCUCCGUUGAUCCUUGUAGCGGGUUAUGUCGUUGGCUUUCUCAUCAUCUCACUCUUCAUCUUUGCUGCAAAGGUUAUUCCGUACAAAAAGAAGUCUAAACCUAAAGCUGUGAAGAAGGAAGCUGAAGGUGAUAAAGAAGAGGAAAAAACUGAAGGGGAAGGAUCUGGAUCUGGAUCUGGAGGUGAUAAAGUGGAAUCGCAAAGUGAAAGCGGAAGUGGAACUGAUGAGAAAGAAUCUCAGAUGUAAGGGGGAUGACAAAAACGUGUUACCUCUGAUGUGAGGACGUUUUGCUUUUUACAAUUGAUGUUGUACUUAAAAAUGUUGCACAUUUUUUUAUGAAAC